CCCCCCUAUUGGUGCUCUAGUGGUACAGUCCAAUCGCAGUUUGGAGUUGUUGCUGAGGAGGUUUCGUAGUCCGGCGGACAGACAAACGUGUUCGAUGGAAGACGGCUCUACUUUCAAAAUGUUCCUGCCUUGCCUCAGGAAUUACCCCCUUUACAAAGGACAGAACGCUGUAUUUAUUGUUCUUCUGUACAUCUUUACAGGUGUGGGGGGCAGUCAGGUGUUGGUGCCCCAGAAGGUGAGUGCUGUGUUGGGGAAGAAUGUGACGUUGGGCUGUAGCGUGGAUGUGGGGGCCAACCUCAGUCUUACCCAGAGUUCCUGGGAGCGACGGCUCCCCACAGGCUCGGUGACGGUGGCGGUGUACAACCCCGUGUUCGGCAUCUCCAUCUCCCCAGACUACGUACGCCGCCUGUCCUUCCGCUCGCCCUCCUCCCAUGACGCCACCAUCAUACUGGAGGAUGUGGGCUUUGCGGACAUUGGAGUAUAUACCUGCAAGGUGGCCACCUUCCCCCUGGGCAACACACAGGCCUCCACCACUGUCAGCGUGCUCGUGGAGCCCAAGGUGUAUGUGUCGGCUGGCUCGGUGGCUCUGAUCGACGAGGGCAAUGAAACGGUGGUGGCCACCUGCAUCGCUGAGCGGGCCCGGCCCCCCGCCGAGGUCUCCUGGGAGACGGACCUGUUUGGCCAAUCAGAGGUGACGCUGCAGGACGAGGCAAACGGCACCACCAGCACCCAGGUGCGCUACCUGUGGCAGCCCACCCGCCAUGUCCAGGGUCACGCCCUCACCUGUGUGGUGCGCCACCCUGCCUUGCACACAGACUUCAGGAUCCCCUAUCAGCUCAACGUGCAGUACGCCCCAGACAUCGUGGUGGUAGGUUAUGAUGGUGACUGGUACGUGGGCCGUGAGAACAUCCAACUGACCUGCAAAGCCAAAUCAAACCCACCAGCACACCACUUCAAAUGGAUCAGACUGGACGGGAACAUGCCAGAGGGGGUGGAGAUGGUGAAUAACACGUUGCUGUUUCUGAGGCCCCUCCAACGGAAUGACUCUGGAGUCUACAGGUGUGAGGUUGCCAAUGACAUCAACCUACGCAGCAGGGACCUGCGGAUACGCAUACAAGAUCCUCCCACCACAUCCAUGCCCUCCACCACCCCUGUGCCUGUCCUAACCGGCUCUGCUUCCUCCUCUGUGGGAGACAAGCGACGGGUCCUCUUCACCUCCCCCACCCUGGCAGCCCUGCCCCCCGACAACCACCUGGGCACCAUCGUGGGCGGGGCUGUGGGCGGAGCCUUGUUCCUCCUUCUGUUGCUGGUGCUGGGCGGGGUCUGUUACCUACGGCAACGGCAGACCUUCCGUGGGGACUACUACACUAAGCAGUACGUAGGGCCUUCAGACAUGCAGAAGGCUCCUCCACAGCAUGAGCUCCACCCCACCAAGCCUGCCAAUAACGUCUACCUAGACAAGGACCGCGAAGAGUGGGGCGACCGCGAACGCCUCCACCUGCAUCCAACAUCAACAACCAUCAUGAACAACCACAACCACAGAGAACCGGAGUGCCAGCCCAACGGCCUCACGAGGGCGAUGAGGAACGGAGACCACAAUCACCAUGACCACGACCACCUGCGUAGCUACCCCAGCCCCCACCAGAUAGGCCAUGCCAGAUACGCUGCCAAGUCACACCCACUGAGCACCUGCUCCCCCUACCUGUCGGAUGACUGCUAUGACAGCGGGGCCGAGGGGGACUAUGUCUCCCAUACGGAUGGCUCAGUGAUCUCACGCAGGGAGUGGUACGUCUGAUCCCACCACCACCACCAGGCAUGCUACCCUGCCACCAGACUCUGUCACCAGAGAGAAGAGAGGAGGAUUUCAUACAUUAUUUAAGAAAAGAGAAUACUCACAUGUUCUGACUCUCUACAUCUCUCUCUCUCUUUCUGUCUCGCUUUCUCACAAGCUCAUGUGUUUGGACAUUGUCUUUUUACUGUAGUUCUAUCUUGCUAUUUUUCAACAUGGUUUGUCAUUUCUCAUACAAGAGGUAUUUUCCUCUGAUUUUGAUCCUCAUCAUGGAAGGUGUGUGGAUUGCCUAGCCACACUGUGUGGACAUGCCUUCAUUCUGCACUAGAGGACAAAUCUGUUAACUAGUUAAUGUGUGGUUAGGGAUCACAGUUCACUAUACAUACACUACUGGGUCUGCCUCAUGGUAUUGUUUUGAUUGCAAGCCUGCAGCAAUUUUCCUUUUAAUGUUAAUUACUUUGUAUACAAAGGCAGCACUCUUGUGCCAUUUCAGUUAAUAAUUCUUUAAAUGAAAUUAAAUCAGAGAGAAACUGUCCCCAAAGAAAGAUGGAAGAAGGAAAGAGAAAUCAAAAAGUGGAGUGUAUUUACUUGUCAUUCCAGAUUUCAUUUCUUUUUGGUCUAUGGUUUGGUACCCACAGAAAGGGGAAAUAAUUUACAGAUUUCUGGCACGUACAUUUGUUGUAGUAGCUAAGUGGAUAGCAUGUAUACAAAUCACACAACAUUAUACUCAUUAUGUGCUGUUCCACACGUAUGUGUGAGUGUAUUAUUGGUACCAGUGCCAACCUCGUCAGUAUUGUCAGAUAGCAUUAGAUGCUGUCAUUGCAGCAGGAUGUCAUAGGUUAGAACUAUGUCUGCAAUGUUAUGUAUCAGUGUGGUGGUUUGUCUCAGAUAGCAGUACAGUAAUGAUAACUAACGAGUUAAAACUGAGUAUUAGUUAACUUGUAUAUUACCUCUUCAUACAGAGAUUUUCAGCCCUUAAUAGAAGAAAAAAUAUUAAACUAGGGAUCCCUUUUCACAGAUGAGGGGAUGGCUGUAUGUUCAGGAGCUACAUGCAUUCUGUAAGCACCCUCUUCCUCUAUUUAUGUGUGCUUUUCUAUAUAUAAUCUGAAAUGCCCAUAGAAAUAGAGUACCAUUUAUAGGCUCUCCAUAUUUCGAAGAAAACAGUGAAUGGGCAUAAUACUUCUACUUCAGUUUUGUUAUUUCAUCUGUGAUACUGUGAAGUAAAUAGAGAAUCAUUGUUCUCCGUCGUCUAGUGAGAUUUCCUCUGUUACUCGCGGCUCUGGGUUCAGUUAUGUGACCGGUGCCUUAUCCCAGAAGAGCAGUAAAGUGAGUAGUACAGUAAUAAAAAAAUAAUAAUAUGGUAAUGUUAUUUUUACAGACAGAAGUGCAAGGCCUGUUUGGUCCUCUGAGUGAGACGUUUGUUGCCUUUUGUUGUUAGUUUUUUGUUCAUUUUUGAUUGAGGGAUUCUCUUUUUGUGACGCAUCUUCUUUUCUGUCUUCUCUCUAAGUCAUGAAGUUUGAUGAUAGCAUUAUUUUUGCUCUUACAAUGAAUGACAUUUGCAACGUCUGAGUUGCAAAACACCUAAACAAAGCUGAACUAAGCUAAAAGGAUGAUAAUGAUAUUAUUGUACAGUUCCUAUAUGGCAGUGUUCUGUCAGGGCAGCAGAGUUAAAGGGAUAGUUCACCCAAAUUACAAAAUGACAUUGUUUUCCUUACCCUGUAAGCAGUCUAUGGACAAGGUA